CAAAUUGCUAUAUAGCCCCCAAAGACACCGAAAAUUCGAAAUCCUCCCAUUAAAAGCACCACCACCACCACUGAAUCUGAACCCUGCCACUGACCACGGUGCCAAUUCACAAAUUCAUAUUGCUCUCUUCAUUCUUCAUUCUUCAUUCUGCAAUGCAAAACGUAACCUCAAUCUCGAAAAUUUGUAGGAGCAUAGCUUCCAAGUCCAGAAAAAACCUCUUUCUCUUCAACGAUCCUUGCACUCGUUCUUUCACUGCGGUUUCCGCCGGAGUAACUUCCCCUAAAUUUCAUCAACCGGAAAUUCCCAGUCAUUUUCAUAAAUGGGGUUCGAUUGGAUUCUGUAGAACCUCAAGGUUCGCUACUGGUUUCAAUCCUUUGCAACGGAAACCGUUGGAUUCUAUUGUAGAUGUUCAGAGACUCAAGGAUCGUUAUCCUGAUGAUAUCACUUCUAUUUGGGAUGAUUAUCACAUAGGUAGAGGUCAUGUUGGAUUAACUAUGAAAGCAAAUCUUUAUCACUUGCUGGAGCAUAGAGCUAAAGAAUGCCGAUAUUUUGUCAUUCCUUUGUGGAGGGGAAAUGGUUAUACAACAAUGUUCGUUCAAGUCCAGACGCCAAUCAUGCUUUUUACUGGUCUUGAAGAUUACAAGGCUAGAGGAACACAAGCAUCUCCCUACUUUACUGUGUCCUAUUACACAGAAUUAGCAGAGAGCAAGGACUUAGUACUGAUCCGCGGGGAUGUUGUAUUUACCAGCAAGCUGACUGACUCGGAGGCGAAAUGGCUUGUCGAAACUGCUCAGUCUUUUUAUUUGAAUGACGCGAGGUACAAACUAGUCGAGAGGUUCAACAAAGAUGCACAAGAUUUUGAGUUCAAGGAUGUCUUGCGAGCAUUGGACAUGCCUAUUUUGUAAUCAUUUUCAAUUUGACAGGUGUUAAACUGAUUUUUAACAAUAAAGCAACAUUUAAUAGAGUUGUUUAGAGUGAGGAUAAGUUGGGAAUAAGGAAAAGGAGACAAAAAGGGAUUGUGAUGGGGAUGUUGGGAGAGGGAUUUUUCAUGGAAAUGGAUUCAGGGCAGUCUAAUUUGAUGCAAUUAAGAUGCAGUCAGUGCAUUAGAGUCGUCCGGUUAAAAUCAGACGACAGAUUUUAGUGCAGUUUUGAUUUUUUAAAAUAUUAAAAUCUGAUCUCUAAGUCUAAACUGUCCGAUCUUAAUUGUACGGACUUGAUUUUACUAACUGCAUGCAGUCAUAAGUACCUACUGCAUCCAAUCUAAGUCCAUUUUUCAUGUAUAUUGUAUUCAAAUUCUUUUGGUGGUUGUUUUUCAUUCAUGGUACAAGGAGUGUAGUCUUGGAUUAGGUCUUGGACUGAACUUUCUAUUAUAGCAUUAGAACCGUUCUAUGUUUUCCUUUCUUGCUGAACAUUCCUUUUCUAAUUUCAAAUAUGAUAUCUUUGAUUUCGACAAAUAAAUAAAUAAAGAAAGAAAAGAGAAGAGAUCUUUGAUUCAA